AUGAGAACUGAGGUUCUGUGGGGUGUAUUGGCCCUGCUGUGUCAGCAAACACUGGUUAGCAGCCACAUACUGGGGAGGCCCUCAUCUGCUAAUGACCUGGCUCAGCUCAAGUCUUUGCUGGAACGCUUUGAGGAGACAUUGGAUGAAGUGGUCCAGAAAGAAGACUUGGAAGCUUAUUAUGAAGACAUGAACCAAGAGCCCAAAAGCAGCCAGGCCAGCCAAGGAUGGGACCAAGAGGGGAACCAAGAACCUCUGAUAUCUGAAAAAGCCCAACCACUAACUGAGGGCAAGACUGUGAAUCAGAGGAGCCGCCUCCAGGACCUGCUGAUGGCCACCAGGAAACGCACCUCUGGCUGUUUUGGAGCCAGGAUGGAUCGAAUAGGAAAUGCCAGUGGCUUGGGAUGCAACAGUGGAAGAGGAUAG